AUUCUUCGCGUUCGGUUCGCGCAAUGCGUAUGUUGGAUUUUCAAAGUUUCAAAAUGGGUCACCAAGUUGAUGCGUACACGUUUCAUACUGCUGUUUCUACCUAAUCGAUAUUUAUGGAUCGUGUAUCUUCUCCCGCGAUUCACCAGCAGUCGUCGAGACCAACUGCAUGCUCGUUCAAAAUAUUCGGAUUAAACUCAUCGGGAUCUACAUUGAAAAAUGAAAUCAAAGCUUUGGAAGUGGAAAAAACUAAGGUUCAGGCUGUGAUGCUGACCGUUGCCUACAGCCCAUCAGAAUAUUGUCAUUAUGCCGUAAUAGUGUUAAUCAAUACAAAAGCGAAUUUAAGCGCAUUGAACCACGAACUCAGUUCAACUAAACCGUCGAUAAAGCUGACGAAAUCACCAUCGGAUGACCCACAAGUGCAAACGACUUUUUUUCUUCUUUUUGGUGAUCGAUUUCUAAUAUUAAAAUUAUUGAGGAAAUCGGGUCUGUGGGUUUUGAAAACAAACACAUUCAUGGCCAAGGAUUAGUAAAAACCGAAGGCGUGCGGCUUACUCUAGCCAAAUUAGUUGGAUGAAACAUCAGCAGUAACAACAUGACAUCGAAGUGGACUCUACUUCUGAUUCCACUACUCACCUCUUGCAUUCGUUGGACACUGGGUGCAAAAACACAACGUAAUAACUACGCAAACUUUUCCGACAUAGGGGAACUCUCCAAACACCACGCCGUUAGUUUAUCACUAUCCGACAUUCUUCCACAACAUCAUAAAACGUACGAUAAAAAUCGUGCUCCCAAACUGUUGGGCCAACCAACGGUAGUGUAUUUCCACGUUACCGUCCUGUCGAUAGACUCCAUCAACGAGGAAUCAAUGACAUACGUAGCGGACAUAUUUUUGGCACAAAGCUGGCGAGACCCACGGCUACGACUGCCGGAGAACAUGAGCGAAGAGUAUCGGAUACUGGACGUCGACUGGCUGCACAACAUUUGGCGACCGGACUGCUUCUUCAAGAAUGCCAAAAAAGUCACCUUCCACGAAAUGAGCAUACCGAAUCAUUACCUGUGGCUAUAUCACGACAAGACGCUACUGUACAUGUCGAAACUGACAUUGGUGCUGUCGUGUGCCAUGAAGUUCGAAUCAUAUCCACACGAUACACAAGUGUGCUCGAUGAUGAUCGAAAGUUGUAAGUAUGGAUGUGGUAAAUUGAGACUUGCUUUUGUUAUUUCAUUGCUUGUCGGGAUACUAUGAGAUUAUUGUAUGAAACUUAGGUGUAACUCGGAUGUUGCAACCAAAUUAUUUAAUUUUCUAUGUUUUCUAUUAUAGGAUUAUUGAGGUAUAAAACUACGUCAAUUUUAUUUUCUUAAAUAACCACUGACAUUUAAUAACAACAUGAAGUGUUUUUUUUUUCAGUAUAAAAUAAAACCAUGUGAAAUAUAUUCAUCAGCAUAUCAAAGAACGAAGCACUAUUUGAAGGUAUAUGAAUCUCGUAUGCAAUAUAUUGCCUUGUUCUAAAGCUGUCUGUUAGCUUUUAAAGGAAACUGUGAAGCUUUUUCGAUUGCGUUACAUCAAUAUUUGCUUGCUAUGGAGUGAAUCGAAGGCAGCUUUCUUCAGUGUACUACUUAUUGUAGAAAAUCAUGGAUAUACAAAAAAUACAUCGAUUGCUAUGAAAAGAAAGUCUAAUUACGACGGCGUGCCUAGCAGUUGUAGCUGUAACAGUUAGCGAGGUUACAAACGAUAGCAUCGUUUAUACAUCGCUGUUCUUCUUCUUCUUCUUAUUGGCAUUACAUCCCCACACUGGGACAGAGCCGCCUCACAGCUUAGUGUUCAUUAAGCACUUCCACAGUUAUUAACUGCGAGGUUUCUAAGCCAAGUUACCAUUUUUGCAUUUGUAUAUCAUGAGGCUAGCACGAUGAUACUUUCAUGCCCAGGGAAGUCGAGACAAUUUCCAAUCCGAAAAUUGCCUAGACCGGCACCGGGAAUCGAACCCAGCCACCCUCAGCAUGGUCUUGCUUUGUAGCCGCGCAUUUUACCGCACGGCUAAGGAGGGCCCCAUCGCUGUUCUUGGCUUUUACAAAUUCCUUUGACUUGAUUACUACUCGAGCAAAUUUAUCACGUAAUUCAUGUUUUAUUUUAUAGAACGAUAUUUUUUCAG